AUGUUUUUCAUGCGAACUGUCAUUUUUUCUGCUGUUAAAUCCCGCUGGGCUGCCUUCAGGCAAUCGCCAUUAGCUGGAAAGAAGCAUAAUUUGUUAUUCGGAUUCGUAGCUUGCAGACUGGUGUCGACUCAUCAUAUCAGCAAGAACAUCGAAGUUAUUUGUCAUGACGAUAAGCCUCCGACAAUAGAGAAGCCUUUUAGUUUACAACUGGAAAAAACUAUCGACAGGCCACUGCUUGUUAUCCUGUCCUGGCUAUUUUCUAAGAGAAAACAUGUAAUGAAGUUUGCUAACUUGUAUCUUGAACAGGGCUUUGAUGUUGUCACAGUUAGUGUCACUCCUUUCCAACUGAUGUGGCCCGUCAAAGGUACUCGGGUGGUAGCAAAAGAUCUGCUGACAUUCUUGGAUCGAAACACAAGCUAUCAGCAAAUAAUGCUCCAUGGAUUUUCAAUUGGUGGGUACAUGUGGGGCGAGUUGCUUGAUCAUGUUCAUGAGGAUCGCGAGAAGUAUAAUCAUGUUAUUGAUAGAAUUGUUGGACAAGUUUGGGACAGUGCUGCUGAUAUCACAGAGCUUACUAUGGGCACAGCGAAAGCCGUUUUUCCUAACAAUGAAAUGAUGCAGAAUAUCGUUAGAAAAUAUUUGGAGUAUCAUUUGAAGACAUUCCACGAACAAGCGACAAGGUACUACAUAAGAUCUAGCCAGCUUUUCCAUUUAAACCUUGUACAUGCUCCAGCAUUGUUUUUAAUGAGUAAUGCAGACCCAGUUGGUGCGGUAGACAGUAAUAUGCGAGUUCGUGAUUCAUGGGACUCGCUUGGUACACCGACUUAUGUUAAAAUAUUUGAAAAAUCACCACACGUUGGACAUUUUCACAAAUAUCCCAAGGAAUAUGUUAAUGAAAUUUAUACAUUUUUGGAUAAACUAAAGAUGAUUAAAAAUGAAGAAAAAAUUCGCGCACGUAUACAAGCAUGA